CCAAAUCAGUAAGAAUUGAGAGUUGUGUCUAAUGUUGGGACAGUCCGUUAGCGCAGAGCACAGCUGUCACGGUUGCCUGCCUUCCCUCCUGUCCGGAGCAGCGCGGCCUGUUGACAAGCCCGUCCCGUCUGUGUGAUGUCCGGGGACUGUCCCGCGGCUCAGCGCGGUCACACGGGUGAUCUGCGGGGUGAGAUGGGACAUCCGAGCAAAACAUGCAAGGAGCGGGCGCGCUCAGCGACUGUGAGCAGACCAACACCAUGAAUCCUGUAUACAGCCCUGCACCAACAGGGGUCCCCUUCCCCAACACCAAGGGUUUGAGCUAUCAAGCUGGAUUUCCUGUCGGCUACGCAACGGCUGCACCGGCAUACAGUCCCAGUGUUUAUGCUGGAGCGAACCCAGGCUUCCCCAGUGGCUACGCUACUGGCACUGCUUUCAAAAUGUCCUGCUCUCCCAACACGGGGACCAUUCCUCCGUACUCCUCCUCUCCGAACCCUUACGCUGCUGUUUAUCCUGUUAGGAGCACCUAUCACCAACAGAGCCCUUACGCACAGGCACUAAUACCUUCACAACAGCAAGGCACCUAUUACACGCAGCCGCUGUACGCUGCUCCUCCUCAUGUCAUCCACCACACGACGGUGGUCCAGCCCAAUGGGAUGCCUGCAGCUAUGUAUGCCCCGCCCAUCCCUUCUUCUCGCCCCAAUGGCGUUACCAUGGGGAUGGUAGGCACAACCAUGGCCAUGUCAGCAGGAACUUUGUUCUCAAGUCCAUCACCAGCACCUGUUGCCCCCCAUCCAGUUACGAUGCCCACAUAUCGGCCCCCUGGUACCCCCAGCUACAGUUAUGUGCCCCCGCAGUGGUGAAGAGACUGAAGCGUCGGAAAGACGUUUAGAUAUGCAUUCACACUCUACUCCAGUGUUUUUUGCUCUUGGUGGCAACCUGCCCUAGCAGCGUCUGCAACCAGUUAGUCUUCUUCCAGCGUAAUGUGAAUCUAAAACCCAACUAACAUAGAUUAGAGCCUGUUCGACCAGGGAGGGGGUAUGGAAGAAUAGGUCCAUCCCCAUGAAAACCCCCUCUUAUAGCCACAAGGAUGCAUUACACGCCCCCCUCCUCCACUCCCUGCCAGCAUCAGCACCUCUGCAGCCCCGGCCGCAUAUCUAACAUCAAAACUGCAAAAACCUCCAGACGAACCUUUUGCGGACUGUCAUGCAGGUUUUUAUAGCUUAAACUCUGAAGUUGUAAAAAGGGAGUUUCCUUUUUUUUUUUUUUUUUUGGAGGAUACUUAUGAUGUUGAAUGCAUGUGUGUGUGUGUAUAUAAAUAUAUAUAUAGAUAUAUGAAGUAAUGCUAGCUUGAUCUACCUGCUGUGACAGAUGCAAAGUCAAUAAAAGGCACACAUCCAAAGGAACUAAAAAAAAAAGUAAUAAUCUGCAAUGCCGAAUCACCAGUGACCGUCUCAUAAAUGUGAAAAAAAAAGAAAGAUUUUUCAUGCAAAAACGUGCCUGCGUAAUCUUCGCAGAGUCUACCAUUUUUGCUGCUUUAAAAAUGUAACGCAAGGUUUUUGUUUCUUUUAGUGAUGCAGCAUCUUACCAUUUUUGUAUUUAAGGGAAAAGAGAUUGGGGGAUCUUUGAGUUUGUGCCUCUGACUGACAGCCAUUCCGCAACUUAACCAGCCUGAGUGUUUCAUUGUUGUUUUCUUCUUCUGUGUUUUUAAGGAACGUUUCUUUCUAAAUGACUAAAGCAGCUCCGGUCUGUUAGGACUGGCAUCUUUAUUUGGGCCAGAAGUGUUCUUUAGCAAGGAACAAGGAAGUUGGGGGAAUCGUUUGCACCCAUUUGAUUGGAACGAAUGAGCUUUGUGUGUGUGCGCCCAUAAGGAAAUGGUCGUAAUGUAGAAAAACAUAAAAAGCGGUGCCAUACAGUGCGACAUGCUUCGAUCUUUAAAUGUUCACGUCACAGUAGUUUGUUUUUGGGUUGCUCUGACGCACUACAGCAUUAAAUCACUGUUAACUGUGGCUAUGUUAGGAAAACAUGUUGUUCAAGUCCAGUUGUGAAUAGCACGACUGAAUGAAGGCACUAAGUGAAAACAAUUCAAGCCUUUUAACCCUACGACAUUGCUCGCUGUCUUACCUCAAAGUAAACCCACCAGUAUCACUGUUUCCGACAUGCUUUUCUAUGUUGCCUCAGUCACCUCAGUUAAAUAAUCUGUUUUGUAAAUGUUAUUUUUGUGAUUUUGGUUCAUGUUUUGUACUCUAAAAAUAAAAACAAACUAUGAGGGAAAA